UGCAAAAUCAUCCACCACCUAAUAAAACUUUCUUGCUAGCCUAGCUUUCUUUCUUGCUACUUUUCAGAUCAGUUAAUUUGCUUUGCACUUGAAAAAAAAAAAAAAAAAGAAAAAAAUGGCAGGCAAUGUGUUUGGAAAUCCCAUUACUGAUGACGAUGUAAAAAUACUGUAUCCAGAAGUCACCGACAUAACACCCAAACUCAGAGCUGAUGUGGCUUUCCGUAACAUCAGCACCAACGGAAGGGAUCAAAAUGCGAAAAACUUUGUGAAAAACCUCAAGCAAAGGUAUGGCAAUGGAAUCUCUGCACUUUGCAUGAUUUUCAAUGCCACCGGAGGUACCUUAACUUACUCCGGCAACAAGGACUGGCACGGCCAUGUCUAUGAGUCUCCAUACCCCGCCAAGAUUCAAAAUGGGCAGUGGGGUGCUUUUCUCCAUGUCCACCCUUCUUGGUUUGCUGGUUCAGAAGCCGCCGUUAUCUACCGCGGCUACAACAACGAUGGUACUCUAUGUGACUGGAUGCUCUCUUGGGGCAUUCCUUACAUUGGUGAUAAUCAUGCGUAUACUGAAAUCCGUGAAGGUCGCCAUUAUGAGACUGAUCACUGGAACUAUAUCAAAGGAUUGUUGGAAAGCCAAUCCACCAAACAUGAAGACAUUUGGAAUGGAUGCUAUUCAAUUGUGACAAUUGGGGAAGGCACUUCUCCUGAAUACGUUGGAAUAAUGUCCUUGGAAGGUGUCACUACUAAAAAAUAAAAUGUACAAUAUUAUUCUAACUCGCAUGCAUGUAAUGCGAAGAAUAAAUAAUGUCUUUUAUGUAAUAAGGACAAAUUCCUUGCUUCCAUACCCAUAUAUGGGACUAGCUUACUUGUCCAUGUGUUGUUUUUAUCUCUUUUUAAUGUACUUUGGUGAUUGCUAAAUAAAGCUUCAUAAAGCAAAUUACUAAGUUA